AUGUCACAGUCACCAUUAUCGUCUUCAACAAUUCCAUUGGAAAGCUUAUCCAAGCUAGAUGAUGCUACAAAGAAAGACAUGUCUAAUUUUAUUGAAAUUGAAAAUUCAAAACAAAAAAUGCAAAUGUCAAUUCACCAAUUUACCAAUACAUGUUUUAAGCAAUGUAUUACACAUGUUGGUAAUGAUGGAACUUUAUCAUCGCAAGAAGAUUUAUGCUUGAGAAAUUGUUUAAACAGGUUUCUAGAUACAAAUAUUCAAAUUGUAAAAGGUUUGCAGAAUAUGAAAUAA